CUCAAUUACAACCUGGCCAGAGUCACCUCUCAUGUGAGAAUAAUCUGUACAUGGUGUGCCCCAAAUCGGCUUGACCAACUCGUACGAGAACUUCUUUAGCGCUAUGCCUAUGAAGUAACUCCAGCUCUUGAGUGUUGCUGCCUGCCCACUCCCAGCCACAUUGGCUACGCAAUCCCGCGCCAUGCAAGGCUCCCAACAACCUAUAACGGACCUCACUCCUUUACGAAGCAGAGGUAAGAAGGGAAAUCGAAGAAUUGUCAAAUCCUCCGCAUCUCAAGUCUCUGCACCACAAAACCCAUCAAAAUCCAAAUUAUCAAGAGCCAAGCCGAGAAAGGCAACAAUAGCCGCGAUGCCAACUCUCCAAGGCCUACCGCAGGAACUCCUCGAAAUGAUCUUCUUGUACUCCAUGAACAUAUCCCUUCCGCGAGCCUCACCAGAUCUCGGACGUAGACUCUCCUCGAAGGCGGUCUGCUUAGAGUACUGCAUGCGAACUUUCUUCGCGACGGUCGAUCACAGGAACAACCACCGGACGCGGAAAAAGACGUCAGAUCCCGUCGUACAGUCAGAUGUACUCACGUGUCAAUUUUACACCUGGCCGUUCUUUUUGAGUUAUGUGGAAAAGGCACAUGAUGCCAUUGUCAAGCUUCGGGGCAAGGCAUGGGCUUCGACCGGCGUGACUGUCCCUGGGCAAGACGAGUUUGAGGGCCUAUGGCCUUAUAGAUUUUCAAAAAUCACGUAUCUCAGCUUUGCAGAGGGGUUCUAUGUGCCAGAGAAGCUCUUACAUGGACCAUGGACGGAGGAAAAGGUGUCAUUGCUCUAUAUUUUGGUCUCAUUGAACGGCAAAUUGGAUUGGGAGGGCAGUAUUGCAGGAGAGACGGCGAAGGAAGGAUUGAAAGAGGCGAUCGAAGAAGGCAAUGAGCGUGCUGUGGCAGCGCUAUCGGUGCUGCUGGGAGUGAGCAAAGCCCUGACGACUGGCAUGUUGCGCCUCGCAGUCAUCGAUUGCGGAUGCGAGAUUCGUAUUUUGAGGCACCUGUUAUUCAACGCGCAGAUCCUGGCUGACGAGGUACCUGACGACACUCUCAAUUUUCACGAUGCGGAGCUCUGGAAGUGGAUUGAUCGCGAGAGAAGCGAUAAGAGCGAGUGGCUGAAGGAGAUGCUACGCAACGCGGAUAAGUUCUCGUUCAAUUUCUACUGUGACGAGACGAGUUGGCAGCAUAUUGUCCCUUUCCCAUACAGUGGGCCGAGGUUUGACCCGAGAGCAAAUUUGGGCAAUAGCAUGGCUGGGGAAAUGCUCAAGAUGCUAUACCGCAACCAUGCACAAAUUGUCGAAAUGGGUGACGCCGAUAUCACAACGAGCCAGUGGAGGCUGGUCGAGGUCGGCCGUGUCGUGACUUUCGGCAACGGUCCCUACGAGGGACGUCAGGCCGUCAUCGUCGAGAUCGUGGACCACAAGCGUGUUCUCGUUGAUGGACCCUCCAAGGAUGCGCCCGUCCCCCGUCACUCCGCCAGCCUUACCGAUGUUUCCCUUACCUCAAUCGUCAUCCCCAAGCUUCCUCGCGCCGCUGGACGAGGAUUCGUCGCCAAGCAAUGGGAGCAGAAGAAGGUUGAGGAGCAAUACGCGCAGACCACCUGGGCAAAGAAGCGUGCCCAGUUCCAGAAGAGGAGGCAACUCACCGACUUCGAGAGGUUCAAGGUCUUGAAGUUGAGGAAGCAGACUCGCUAUGAGGUCCGCAAGACUCUCGCUGGUAUUCGCGCAAAGGCAUAGACGACCCUUUUUGGUUGGGUCGGGUUACGAAGCAAUCGAGACUGGCGCCGGAAGUGGAAGGACAUUUGCAUUUCACGAGCAUUCCGAAUGGAUCUCCUAGCAUCUUAAAAUUCGAUUCCUCUGUUCAGGGUGAAUUUUCUGUGGGAACGGUGCAAUUCGGG